AAUGAUCAUAUCACCAUUUCUCAUAGUAACUUCUCAUCCUCUCUGAAGCUUUACAUUUACGGUUACUAGCAAUCAAAAUCAACUUCCCGAUGACGAGUCCAGCGGUUGAUCAAGAGAACAUCCCUCCUAUGGACGUAACCAACGCGACGGCGACGGAGCCUGCUGCGAAGGGAGGCAAGGCGAAGAAAGCUAAGGAAGUGAAGGCGAAGGCUAAGGCGAAGAAGAAGCCUGCUGCUGCGGCUGCGAAGAAGAAGUCUGUUUCGACUCAUCCUACUUACGAAGAGAUGAUCAAGGAUGCGAUCGUAUCGUUGAAGGAGAGAACUGGAUCUAGCCAGUACGCGAUUCAGAAGUUCAUCGAGGAGAAGCACAAGGUGCUCUCGCCUUCGUUCAGGAAGCUCCUGCUUCUCAAUCUCAAGAGGCUCGUUGCUUCCGAGAAGCUCGUGAAGGUUAAAGCCUCGUUUAAGAUUCCGUCUGCAAAGCCGUCAUCGUCUCCCAAGGCGGUUACGGAGAAGAAGAAACCUGCUGCCGCAGCGGCGAAGGGGAAGAAGGUUACCACCGCAGCAGCUGCGAAGUCGAAGGUAGCGAAGAAAUCCGCGGCGGUUAAACCCAAGGCAACUGCUGCGUCCAAGAGGAAAGCGGCUGCUGCUGCGAAGCCCAAGGCUAAGGCGGCUAAAACGUCGACGGUGACAUCUCCGGGGAAAAAGGCUGCUGCUGGUGCUAAGAAGAAGGCUAGUUCUAAGGUGGUUACGAAGAAGAAGACUCCAGUGAAGAAGGCUGUGAAGCCGAAGACGGUUAAGUCUCCAGCGAAGAGGGCUUCGAAGAGGGGGAUGAAGUGAAUCUAGGGUUUUAGUGGUACAUGGUUGUAGCUUUCUCUAUCUCUGGUAGUUGGGUAGUGUUUGUAUAAUUCCAUCUUUCUUCUUUGUUUUUGCUGUGAUGUUCUUGUAAUCCAUGGUUACUUGGACCAUCCCUUAAAUCAUAUAUAAUAGCUAAGUCCCUUUCAAAGCUGUUUCA